CGUGAUACUAAAAUCGAAAGCAAACUCUCGUUCUCCUUGAAUGACUUGGAGGUCAGAGCUGCUGUGACCAGUUCCAGACACUGAUUGAUUUUCAAACCGCCUGGAUUCAGAAGGAAGGAUUAUUUUUGGAUGUUUUUUUGUGUUUUUGCUAUGAUGGGUGUUCGUGUGUUCCUGGUCGUCGCCGUCCUGCUGUCUUGUUGCGCAGGAAAAGACUUGACGGAUAGUGUAUCGAAGAUCUGGACCUCUGCUGGCCAAUCGGUCAUUCUGCCCUGCAACAUCAGUGUCAGUGUCCACGACGACGUCCCUUCAGUAGAAUGGUCCAAGGAAGGUCUGAAACCCAACAUCGCCUUCCUGUAUCGGGACGGCUGUGAGACCUUCUCAGAGAAGAAUCCGGUCUUCAAUUACAGGACAAACCUCAUCAUGGAUGAACUGAAAAACGGAAACCUCUCGCUGAGGAUUUCCACCGUGCAGCGGUCUGAUGCGGGGAAAUACACAUGCAAGACGUUCCGGGGACGGCCCCAGGAGAUCGCUACAGUAGAGCUCUCCGUGGGGGAAGCCUCUGAGCCAAAACUCUCCAGAGUUUCAGUUGCGGGUGAUGGAGUGACUCUGCAGUGUGAAGCCAACUGCUGGUUCCCGAAGCCUGAGAUAAUGUUUCUUGAUGUUCAGGGAAACGUCAUCCGUGCCGAAGACACAAAGACUCAUCUUGAUUCCAGAUGUUUCACCGCCACAAGGAGAGCGACUGUGCAGACUGCCAACAGGGUCACCUGCAGAGUUCACCAGCCUGAGAUAAACGAGACGAGGGUCACAGAGAUUAACAUACCAGAUGAAUGCAUCAGAUCCUGCACUCACAACACCAUCAUCGCUGUUGCAGUUACCAUGAUCCUAUGUGGAUUAACUGCCCUCAUUUGCAAGAAAUGUGGCCACUCUGUAGGGGGACAUGAAAUGCAUAAAAGUCCAACACACAGCAAUGUAGAAGGUCGCAACCCGGGUGACCAUGCUGACCGCGUUGGAAAUGCCUCUACUGAGCAUGUGAUGUCGAACCUUCAUGACAACGAAGAGAUCCGCCGACUGACUGAAGAACUGAAUCACCUCAGAUCUAAACAGUGUGUUGCAGUCGACAGCAGUCCUUCCAAAUCUUCAACAGACAUCUCCAAACCCACUAACCCUGACCCAGACCAGUCUCCCCAGAGCAACCAUCCAAAAGCAGCGACCUCAACCAACGGCAACCGUCCAAAACCUGGCAAAAAAGAUUUCAAACACGCCGUCUCCAUACAUAUUCCAGCAUCCGUCCCCGAGACCCAAAGAAGCAGUCCCAACCACGGCAGUCCCACUCCUCUGACAGAUAGCGUUGCUUCUUCAGCUUUUCCUUCAGAUGCAACGCAUGUUGGCCGUUCGAUGAGCAUGUCGGAGUCUCGUCCCCGUCCAAACAUCGCCAAGACCCAACGCAGAUACUCCACCUCAGGCCUGUCUAACCGCUUCAGUCCUCUGGAAAACUUAUCUGAAGAUGUGGAGCCGUUGCUGUAAAUGAAAACAGAGCAGAUUGAGAUCUGAUGUUCUCUUCUUUUAGCAAAAUCACAAACUAAAACCUGAGGUCAGUGCUGAAAGAAGAAAUACCACAGUGUUAAAAUAUUCCGUUACAAGUAAAGGUCCAUUCAUUCUUUUACUUAAAAAGCCCCUAUUGUCUUUUUUCUUAAAUGAACAUAAAAUUGACAGUAGUACAUUAUUAUAUAGUUUUCCCGACCUUUGCUUAUGUCAGCAAUUAAUUGCAGUAAAACAAAUUAACAAUUGCGAUUAGACAUAUUAUAUAAUAAUUGUUACAGGCCUAGUCUCUGAUUGAGAAUGCCAGCCCAGUCUUUCAUCUGUGCUGCCCAUUGGUGCUGCCUGAGCAAGCACAGCGCCCAGUGGCUUGUUUGAAUUUGGGGUUGACCAAUCUCAACAGAGUGGGCCAGCUGACCAAUCAGAGCAGACUGGGCUUUUCAGGAAGGCGGGCCAAGAGCUGUUUCAGGUGAAGGCACUACAGCAAUGUAGCCUUGAAAUCCAGACCCAAAUCCGAAAGAUUGAGGGUCUGGCAUUGAGUAAUGAAAAUGGCCCCACUCGAGGGGCGGCACCAAGCAUGCGUUUGAAAAUCUCACUG